AACAACAACAACAACAACAACAACAACUACUACUACAAAGGACAUCAACAAGAAGAGAAAAAAAAGAAUGAAUAUGAAGAAGAUGAAUGGUGGUUGGGGAGAUGAACUAGAGUUGAACCUCUGUCUAGGCUCACCGGAGCCAAGUCCCAAAUCUAAUUCCGGUGGUGGAAGAAACAGUCAAGAACAACUUCGGCAAAUGACCAUCUUUUAUGCUGGUCAUGUUUGUGUUUCUGAAGUUACAAGCAUUCAGGCAAAAGCAAUUAUAUGCAUGGCAAAAGGAUUACCAUUAAGAGGAGAAAGAGAAGAAGGAGAAGAAGAAGUACAUCAGAAGGAAAAGGAAAAGGAAAAGGAAAAGGAAAUAAUCAUAUCAUCUCCUUCUCAGUCUUCAUUAUUAUCUCCUCAACAACAACAACAACAACAACAACAACAACUACAACAGAAUAAUAUUAAUAAUAAUAUUAAUCAAUAUCAUGCAUUGCCUCAACAAGUGCAGUCAAUGAAGAGAUCACUGCAACGUUUCCUCCAAAAGAGAAAGACAAGGCUUGAUUCAUCUUCUCCUUAUUGUUUUCUUAGGCACUCUUUACCAACUGUGAGGUCUUUAUAGAUUUUUUUUUUAAUAUUUAGGUUUUUCUUUUAUUUAUUUUAUUUUGGUUGUUGUUGUUGUUGUUGUUAGAGAUUAAUUUGUAGUUCUUUGGAUAUUUGAAGGUUGUAUGUAUGUCCUUGAUCUUUUAAACUGAGAGUUUUGGUUGAUUUA